UGGACAGAGCACGGGGCCAGCCAUAACAAAGCUGGGCCAUGCAUGUCGCAGUGGGUGGAAGAUGCUCAAGGACCGCCGCUGUGAGGUUCUUUGGAUUACGCAGCGGAGACACUAUCGAGAGUGUGCGAUGGGGCUCUGGUGCCGCUUCCCAACAUCAUCUCUUUUCGUCGUUUGCGCGGCGUGAGGGAGGCCCUGACGACAGCACCACAAAGGCCAGAAACAGGGCGAGGGCCCAAGAGUGGGCGACCGACGACCAGCGGAGCAGCCGGUGGCGGUCCGGCGGGAGGUAUCAGAAGUCCAGGGCCGGGAGUCAGAAGAAGCGCGACAAGACCUGGCAGAACUCGGACCCCCACGAGGAUCUGUGCCGCAUCAAGUGGGAGCCCGAUCCCGACCAGCUGCCUAGCAACUGGUUCCGAGGACACAUCCCGGAUAUGAUCAAGUGCAAGAUGUUCGACCUGUGGCAGGCGGACCCUGAGAAGAACACUGCGAUGGCCCUGGCGAAGCAGUUCGGAUUGCCAUACCUAGACGUGCAGGCCAUCCUGACCCUCAAGAUAAAGGCCAAGGAAAACGUGGAGACGAUUGAGGGGUACGAGAUCUACCCGGAGAUCGAGGAGAUCUUCACUGAGCGCAAGGAAGCCUACAUCGAGGAGCUGGCCCAACACUACGGCCAGGAUAUACCCUUCAUCUACGAGCACUGCCCGGACAUCGACAAGAACGACCCUAGCAGCUGGACGAAUCCAAGAGAGUUUAAGCUAGGAAAGCUUACCGAGCAGGACCGUAGCAACAAGUUCGACCGACCGCCCCUGCAGAGCCAGGACGAGGUUGCCGAAGACCUCAAGUACAAGCGCACCAACAAGGCUAUCUACGCCGCCGUAAGGGAAGAGGAGGCCGCAGAGCUUACCAAGAAGUUGGAGAAGGAGCCGAAGCUUCCCGCGAGGCGCUGGGCCUACGCCCUGAAGGACACGUCCUCUAAGGAUUCGUCUAAGGUGCCGCCCGUGCUGAGAGACGCGGACGGCGUGAUGCGGGCGGCCACAGUGGACGAGGAGAGAGGACUGAGCUACGCCGACGAGAACCUCUUCCGCCGAGACGUGCGCAAAUGGACAGCUCUUCGAGAAAUGCCCUGAGUCGUGGUCAUAUCGUUUUGCCUUUGAGUCGUCAUCGUUGACCGUGUCGUGCCCCCUCUCUCUGGUUGUCGGGGAAGAGGAGCACGUCUCCUGUCUCUGGUUACAGCCGUAGAUGGCAUACAGAUGUAGCGCGCGCAGUUGAGAAGCUAGCUCUAGUGUUGCCCAGGCUUCCGAGGGUGGGGUUCGUCGUCCCUCCUGUGGGCUAGAAAGAUGGCCGCUAUCUAUGAUACGUUUAUGAGUGUGGGGGUUCUUCAAGGGGCUCAGAAAUGGCCCAAGUUCUUACGUUUGGUAUACGAGUAUCAUGGUGAGCGCGAAGUUCUCAACUGACGAGAUUUUUCCAAGUGCGGGCGGCAUCUGAAGCCCUGCAACAAGAUGAUGAGUUGCCAAAGGCGGCACUGCUGUGGCUUUUUGAACCAGCUAUGCUGCUGUCUCUGAUGACCCGGGGGCAGCUUUGCGGGAGCCUACUGAGUCGACAUACGUACGUGGCGAUGGGGCAACCAGGUUGCUGGAAAACGAAUCGUCAGUGGGGGGCUAUACGCACGGGGAUUGUCUUCGUUUACUCACUCGCUCGUACGUGCCGAGAUGGACCGUGUUCAUUCACGACACGUUUUGGGUUGAUUGGUAGUGCAUUGCAGCCCCUUGCGUUCAUGGGACUCUUGGUCUGUAGAGUGUGGAGCCACGACCGGGUACCGCUGUGUACAUCCCAUGGGAUGCGGGUUGGUUUGGUGUUUUUGCGAUGUCGUCGGUGGUUAGCCGUUCGCGUCAUCCUUGGCGCAAAAAGGUCCAGAGGAACGAGCGGCAGCAAAUAACAGGUGUAUCCUGGGAGACUACUUAGUGGAUGUCAAGGCCGUUCACAAGUCCACACGUCAUUCUGUACAGAAAAGCCCAUGAGCUCGCCAUGAUCCCGGUGCUA